AUUUGUUUAUGCGUUUGGUUGAUGCGUUAUCUCAAAGCGACUUACAUUGGACUGUAAUCUACAAUAAGUAGCUAUUCAAAGUCUUUUCACGAUCUACAGAGAUAGUGUUUUUGACUGUUCUACCGGACAUCAUGUCAUUUACUUCAUCCGAGAGUCAAAAUGUCCCUGACGACCCUCACAGGCCCAGAAGCGACACAUUCUCCGCUGAGUUGGAACUUCGCAACAGCUUUGAAUCGGACUCCGAGGAGGCAUGCUUUGACAUCAUGCAUUGCAUAAAAAUGAGCUGCAGCCGCAUGUUCAUGCAGGACAGAGGAUGUAAUGACGGUUUGGGAUUGCUGAGCGUUGGCGGCAUCUCCUCUUGUGAAAGCCAAAUCGUCCGCAGUCCUCCGAUGUCCAGCGCAUCCCUCCAUACAUCCUGCAAUUCUCUAGAAGCAGCAGGGCCUUCAGAAAGCAUGGAUUUCUGUAGUGACCACGAAGUGUCUUCUAUCGAGUCUACAUCUCUAGGAGUGUCACCUGCAGACUCUGUGGACAGCAGUACAGAAAACCAUGUCAGUCUAAGGAAGAAAGUGAAGAACAGGAUCUGCUCACUCUUCAAGAGGACAUGGAAUGCUAUAAAGCGUCCUUCGUUCAGUUGUGAAACACUGACAGAGCCGUUCACGCCUCCGUCACAUGACACAGAUCUAGACGGUGCAGAUUCAUCACGUCUUGCGGAUCCUAGGCUGGCUGAAUGGAGCUUUGACAGUGCCAACAACCCCUUUGAAGGAGGACGUGACAAUAGCCUGGAACUGUUAAGCAUUAGCAGUGAGGAACGAGUCUUCCUGAGCCUGAAGGAGCCGAGUGACGAAGUGGCGCCUUCUGUGGAGAACAGCACAGGUAGUUUAUGUGGUUUUGAGCAUUGUAAAUCACAGUACUUUGCUGGAUAUCUGAUGAGCACACUACUGAGUGCACUGCAGCACUGCAGGGCAUCGACUCAAGACUGUGAUCCUACUGGGAAAAGUUGCACUCUGGGUGAUGGUUUUUGCAUAUGA